GGGCCAGGCUGCCACCAUGAGGCCCCGGAAGAAGAGCCUUCUGGUGGGAGAAGGGAACUUCUCCUUCUCUGCCUGGUUGUGCGAAGCCCGCGGGGCCGAGACGCGUGUCGUGGCCACCUGCUAUGAGAGCGAGGAGGGGGCUUCCGGGCAGGCGCUUGCGAGGGGCAACAUUCAGUAUCUGAGGGACAAAGGAGCUGAAGUUCACUUCUGUGUUGAUUGCACAAAGCUGGAGGAACACUUUUUGCCAGCAGAGAGGGAUUUUGAUUACAUUUAUUUUAAUUUCCCUCAUUGUGGGAGAAAAGUUGGCGUGAAAAAGAACAAAGAGCUUCUGGCCAGGUUUUUCUGUAGCUGUGCAGAAGUUCUAGCGGAGAAGGGAGAAGUCCAUGUGGCACUUUGUAGGGGACAGGGUGGUACCCCUGUAGAUCAGCCACAGAGGGAGUGGCACAACAGCUGGCAAGUUGUUGCUAUGGCAGCAGAGGCUGGAUUCAUUCUGAACGGCAUUCAUCCAUUUAACAGCAGGGAUGCGUGUGGAUAUAAAUGUACAGGCUACAGGAGCCAAGAUAAAUCUUUCUGCCUGGAAGGAGCUUUGAAUCACAUCUUCACCCGGAGUCUGCCGCUUCUGCUUCCUAGACUUCGGCUCUGCCAAACAGAAGUGGAAGGCAAGUUGGUUUCCUUCCUGGUUCCACAGAUAUUUCAGGAUAAGAUCAACAGGGAUUUUCUGGGCAUGAAUUCACAGCAUCCUGUCAGGACAGUAAAUGAAAAACUCCUUGAAGGACUUGGUGAAUCUUUCCUCGUUCUGAAGCCAAACUGUCCCCUUUCCUUGGUGUUCCAAAACAGCAGCAAGUCCUCUUUCUCCCUGGAUGCCCUUUGGAUGGUUGAUGAUGCUGAAAGAAAUCUGAAUCCUGAAUUGGUGGUCAAGGAGAAGGAUGUGAAGGAUACAGGGACAUUUUCCUCCAGGUUUCCUGACUGGAAUGGUACAGACCAAGAUAGCAACUUGAAAAACGGGCUUUUCGGACAAUAUUAUCUAAGACCUUCCCUUCUGGUUUUUCUUUCCACGGUAAUACAACAAACAGAGUUUCCUCCCAACGCCCUCCUGGCUCUCAGUGGGCCUGUCUUUAGGAAAUGCAAAAUCUCGCUUCACAUUCCGCCCAUUUUUCAUGAGGCCCUCUUCAUCUGUGUAGUUAAUAAGGGUUCGGAAGAUACACGCACACAGCUUCUUGUGGAAAACCUUUCAGUAACAUUAAACCCUUUGCUGCAGGUUGCAGGUUUUAAGUUGGGUUGCACAACGGAUGAGCCAGAUCCAGCCGAAUUUGGCGCCUUUGUGAAUUCUGAACUGCAGACCCAUAAACUAAAAUAUUUAAUCGUUCUCAAACUUGAUGCUUCUGAUGCCGACCUGAAAGGUUGUUGUGUAGGGACCGUCGGCAAAGUUCCCUGGUGGCCAGCAAGCACUGACCAGGAAAUUGCAUAUGCUUCAUUGAACCUCGAUCUGCUAGCCAUGCACAUUUGUGGCAUCUGUGACUGGCGAAUCCUCUGGACCUCUGAUGAGCGUUUCCUUAGUCAGUUUUCAGGAGGGAUUUUAGAGCGCUUCAAGAGUUUUUCACUCUAUCCGCCCUCCUACGUGCAUGAUCUCAGCUUCUGGGUUGCAGACCCAGAAAGGUUUGAUGAAACCCAACUUCACGCCAUUAUCAGGGAUGUGUCUCAUGAAUCGGUUGUGUCUGUCCAGCUGCUUGACAGGUUUCAGCACCCAGAGACGGCACAAACCAGCCUCUGUUAUCGGCUCACUUAUCAGUCUUGUGACAGCGCACUGACAUCCCAGCAAGCAGCAGGGAUGCAGAUGAAGCUCAGGACUGAGAUUGUGCACUCGCUGCAUGUGGCUCUUAGAUAGCUCCUUAUUCUCAUCUCCUUGAACUGGUUUAGCAAGUGCUUGAAAAUAGGACCUGACAUGAAACAUCUGGAUUUUGUAUGGAAGAAGUCCUUGAUGCUGGAUAUUUUGUCUGGUCAAAUAAAUGCCUUUUGAAAAGGCGGGGGGGGAGGGGCCGCGGGGUUCAAUGAUAUAUACCUAGAUAUUUGGUCUCUGCUGCUAAAAGUAAAUACACAGUGUGCAUUUAUUUAUUUAAAACAUGUAUUAACUGUCUUUCUACUUUGCAGAAGUCAAGGUGGCUUACAGUGUAAAUAAAACAGUGAUUCUAAAAAAAA